GGCGGGCGCGGAGCGGCGCGCACGGCGGGGCUGCAGCGGCGGCACGUCUGGGGACACCGCUGGCGCCAUGCACGUGCUCUGGACCCUGCUCAUCCUCCUGCUGAUGGCAGAGGAGGCGGCGGCUUCGCGGGCGCGCUCGCGCCGGGAGCUGGCCCCGGGCUUGUACGAGCACGGGGUCUACGACGCCGGCGGGUCCUACUGCGAGCGCGGCGACGUCUGCUGCCACGGCCGGAACGACGGCUGCACCGUGCCGUACCUCGACACCAUCUGCUACUGCGACCUCUUCUGCAACCGCACCGUCUCCGACUGCUGCCCUGACUUCUGGGAGUACUGCCUGGGCAUCCCGGCCCCCUUCCCCAAGGCCCACGGCUGCACCCGCGCCGGCCGCAGCUACCCCAGCGGAGCCACGUACCGCGAGAACUGCAACCUGUGCACCUGCAGCCAGGGCGGGCGGUGGGACUGCGAGGACCACGCGUGCCUCGUGGAUGCGGAGCUGAUCGCCGCCGUCAACAGCGGCCGCUACGGCUGGAGAGCCACCAACUACAGCCGCUUCUGGGGCAUGACGCUGGACGAGGGGAUCCGCUACCGCCUGGGCACCUUCAAGCCGCCCCCCACCGUCAUGAACAUGAACGAGCUGCACGUGAGCAUGGACUCCAACGAGGUGCUGCCCCGGCACUUCGACGCGGCCGCCAAAUGGCCCGGCAUGAUCCACGAGCCGCUGGACCAAGGGAACUGCGCCGGGUCCUGGGCCUUCUCCACCGCAGCCGUGGCCUCAGACCGCAUCUCCAUCCACUCCAUGGGGCACAUGACGCCCGCCCUGUCGCCCCAAAACCUGCUCUCCUGCGACACCCGCAACCAGCGGGGCUGCAGCGGGGGCCGCCUGGACGGGGCCUGGUGGUACCUCCGCAGGAGGGGGGUGGUGACGGACGAGUGCUACCCCUUCACGAGCCGGGAGAGCCAGCCGCCCGCGCAGCCCUGCAUGAUGCACAGCCGCUCCACGGGCCGCGGCAAGCGGCAGGCCACGGCGCGCUGCCCCAACCCCCGGAGCCGCGCCAACGACAUCUACCAGGCCACCCCCGCCUACCGCCUCUCCUCCGACGAGAAGGAGAUCAUGAAGGAGCUGCUGGAGAACGGCCCGGUGCAAGCCAUCCUGGAGGUGCACGAGGAUUUCUUCCUGUACGAGAGCGGGAUCUAUCGGCACACGCCUGUGGCGGAGAGCAAGGGGCCGAAGCACCGCCGGCACGGGACCCACUCGGUCAAAAUCACCGGGUGGGGAGAAGAGCAAACGCCCGACGGCCAGACCCAGAAGUACUGGACGGCUGCCAACUCCUGGGGCAAGGAGUGGGGCGAGAACGGCUACUUCCGCAUCGCCCGGGGCAUCAACGAGUGCGAGGUGGAGACCUUCGUGGUGGGGGUGUGGGGCCGCGUCAGCGCGGAGGACAUGCACCACCGCAAGUGACCCCCCCCCCCCCCGCCGUGCUGCAGCACGGGCCCCGGCUCGGCGCUGCUGACGCUGCAGCCCCUCUGCCCCCGGGCUCUGCCCGACCCCCCCGGCUUCGUGCGGGACGGCGGCGGCGGCGGCUCUCGCCCGCUAAUCCCGGCCCGGCUGAGCCGGGCUUUGUUGGGAGCCGCGUGUUGUUCAAAGCGCCCGGCGCUGGCGGCUCCCCUGCCUUCGUCCGAGCCCUGGGGGGGGGGUCGUUCCCCCCCCCCCCCCGCUGCACUCCUUGCUGCUGCAAGGCACCGCUGCGGGGGGGGGGGGGGUAUUGCAGGUGCAGGAGCCUCCACGGUGCUACCCGCUCCCGCGGCCCCCUCCCACCGCGGGGCUUUGCACCACUCGGACGGUUCCUUCUUCUUCUUGUUUUUUUUUUUUUUGUAUUUAUUUUGCUUUUUAUUAUUUGUAAAUAAACUUACGGAAGCCUGCGCGUGCGGCUGGCGGCGGCCCCCGGGCUCGGCGGCUGGAAGCGCCGCGAUAA